GCUCAGGAGUAACGCGGUUGUUACAUGUCAACAUGUCACUCCUUAGAGUAUGUGCCUUUGCAAAAUGUCUGAGUCGUCGCAGUUUAUUUGAGAAGUGUCCUGUUCGCGUGUCUCUAGCGGACCGCUGUGAUCUGUGCGUGUCGAUAAGAGACGGCGGGGUCAGACGAAUAUCAGAGACACCCUUGCUGCUUCAAAGGAGAAAUGUUUCAUUUGUGAUCCCAAAGAGAGACGAUACUAAGAAACGUGUACUGGAGCAGUCUCAGUUGUUCGACGUGCUUGAGGCCAGGAUCCAGCAACUCCAAUCUGACAUCGUUUUAGAUGUCCACCAUGCAAAGGUGCAUUUUGUUAAAGCCGUUUUAUCUGGUAAGGGUCUCAAAGGUGCACCUAAGGAGAAAAGUGACAUUCCUAAAUCCAGAAAGACUCUUAAAGCAGCUUCUAAAUCUCAGCCCAGCCGCUGGAUGGAAAAAUUAACUCAGGAGAAGAAAAACAAACUCACAAAGCAGCAGCACCUCCAACAGAAAAUACAGAAGAAUGUAAAGGAGAAACCUGCCGCCAAAUCUAAAGGAAGCAAAAGCAGCUCCACGCUCCCCGGUACUUCACACAAAACUAUAUCUAAAACCGCGCCCUUGAUUAAGAACAGUCGUCGCAUGAAAUUGUCUGAUGAGAUUCGUGCUGCAGUUCCUUCAACAGAGGCGGCUGUCCCGGCUGCAGCAGCAGCAGCAGCACCAGCAGCAGCGGGGACAGCCGGCAUGGCACAUAAAGAAUCUAAAAAGAAACAGAAGGGCUCUAAAAAUCCGGUUCCUGGUAAAGGGGGCCGGAAGCAGACUGUCACUGACGCCCAGUGCAGCGCCGAGGAGCUGGCCCAGGUGGAGGAGCUGGAGAGGAGGCUCAGUCAACAGGUAAGCCAGUGGACGUCGCCGAAUAGCUCGCAGCGCCUACAGGACGACAGUGAGGCCACUGCAUGCGGGGACAUCCAGCUGAGCAUCCGCUCCUACCUGGAGGCGAGUGUGUUCUCCGGGGCCGUUGAGAGGGCGCACCGGUUCCUGCUCAGCCAGCACAGAGUUAUGAGUCGACGUAAACACCUGAAUACGGAUGUCUACAACAUCAUGAUGAGGGUGUGGGCCAAGAAGGGCAUGUUAAAUCAGAUUGGUCGCAUAUUUAUCCUGUUAGAAGAGGCUGGUCUGAAGCCAAAUCUGGGAUCCUACUGUACUGCCCUGGAGUGUAUGGGCCGCAAUCCCAACUGCUCCCCAAAGGUCAUCACAAGGUGCCUGAGCCAGAUGGAGGAGGACGGCCUGUCUGUGGACUACCUGUUCAGCCGCUGUGUGUUCCGGCAGGAUGAGAGAGACAUGGUGCUGAAGGCCGUGCACAUCGUCCAGCCCGACUACCAGCCCAGCCUCAACGCCAGCACAACAGAGUGCUCCUCAUCGCUGGUCCACGACUUCUACACACAGAGGUCCGACCACCACUACCCCAAGCUGGACUUCACUCAGGAGGAGCUUCAGGAGCGUUUCAGACUCCAGCUCAGCAUGGAGCAGGCCUGCACUGUCACCAUCGACUCCGUGGAGGUUGCCAAGCCCGUUACUGAGCACAUGGCUAAAAUGAGGGAGCUGCUGGCGGAUCAGCGGGCACAGUGGCAGAAGAUCCUCCUCCAAGCCCUGAGGGACAGUAAGAUGAUCCUGGCCAACACCAACACCAAGGACUACCGGCUUAACCUUUAUCCCUACCUCUGUGUGCUGGAGGAAAGAGAGUAUGUUGACAUCAUGAUACAGAGCGUUGCCAACAUGCCUCCCAGUGGAGAGUCGCUGAAGAUUUUAGCCAGAGAUCUGGGCAACCGGGUCUACACCAAGUACUCUGUGCGGCAGAAGCACCAAAACCAGAUGGUGGAAAAGUUGCGCAACAUUUACAAUGCUUACACAGACCUGCUGGCUAAAGACACAAAGGAGUAUGACAUCCUGCCCAGCGAGCAGUGGAGUAAGCUUGAGGCGGACCAGAGUUCAGGACCCUCGCUGCAGGGAGGAGAGACCCACUGGCCAUACAUCGUAUCCCUGGAGCUGGGCACCUACAUGGUGGACAUGAUGGUCAAGAACCUCAAAAUCAACAGCGACAUACUGAACCCGGCUUUCGAGAGGAAACGCAUCCCCAUCCUGUACCACAUGUACACCUUCCGUAGCACACGACAGGUCGGCUUCAUCAAACCCCACCCCAUCCUCACUCAGAUGCAGCAGGACGCCAUGGAGACCAAGUUGACCUUUGACUCCUUUGUGAUCCCGAUGCUGUGCCCUCCGGUGCCCUGGACGUCUGUCAAGUUUGGAGCCUACCUGCUGACACCUGCCAAGCUGAUGCGCACAGUGGAAGGGGCCACGCAACAUGAGGUGUUGUUGGAGAAAUGCCAGAACCUCCUCCCGGUCCUGGACUCCCUCAACCAGCUGGGCAACUGUGCCUGGAGUAUCAACAAACCCUUGUUGGACAUUAUUAUCUCCAUCUUCAAUGAUCGGGGCAGUGAUAAGCUAGACAUCCCUCCUCCUCUGUCAGAGGCCCCCAAAAUACCCCACUUCAACGUCCAAGAUCCCACUUAUACGGCCUCUGAGAAAGCCCACAUGAAGAGGGAGGUGAUUAAUGCCAAAAAGAAAUGCAGUGAGAUGCACAGCCUGCGCAUGGACGCUCUGUACAAACUCUCCAUCGCCAACCACAUGCGGGAUGAGAUCUUCUGGUUCCCUCACAACAUGGACUUCCGGGGUCGUACCUACCCCUGUCCUCCGUACUUUAAUCACCUAGGAAGUGAUGUCACGCGGGCGGUCCUUAUGUUUGCAGAGGGGAAGCCCCUCGGUCCAAAGGGACUGGACUGGCUAAAGAUCCACUUAGUCAAUCUGACAGGGCUGAAGAAGAGGAGCUCACUGGAGGGACGGCUGGAGUACGCUAACUCUGUCAUGGAGGACAUAUUGGACUCGGCAGACAACCCACUCAAUGGUAAGACGUGGUGGAUGAAUGCAGAUGAGCCUUGGCAGGCUCUGGGCUGCAGCAUGGAAAUAGCCAACGCCGUGAGAUCUCCCGAUCCGACACAGUUCAUCUCGCAUUAUCCUGUUCACCAGGACGGCUCCUGUAAUGGUCUCCAGCACUACGCUGCUCUAGGCAGAGAUGUUAUUGGUGCCACAUCAGUCAACCUCAUGCCCUGUGACGUGCCCCAGGAUGUGUACAGCGGAGUAGCACAGCAGGUGGAGGAGUUCCGAGUGCGGGAUGCACAGAGCGGUUUGAAGAUCGCCCAGGUCCUGGAGGGCUUCAUCAGCAGGAAGGUGGUGAAACAGACCGUGAUGACUGUCGUGUACGGGGUCACGCGCUACGGGGGACGCCUCCAGAUAGAGAAACGACUGAAGGAGAUUGAUGAGUUCCCAAAGGAGCAUGUAUGGGAUGCAUCCCAUUACUUGGUGCGUAUGGUGUUCAAUGGCUUGAAGGAGAUGUUUACAGGGACCAGAGAGAUCCAGGAUUGGCUGACGGAGAGCGCCAGGCUCAUCUCAAAGUCUGGCCACACUGUGGAGUGGGUGACACCCCUGGGUUUACCAAUCAUUCAGCCUUACCACCGCACACGCAACCAAGUGCUGAAGAGUACCAUGCAACACAUCAACCUCCAGAUCAGCCAUGACUCCAAAGAGAGGCCAGACACAGUUAAACAGAAGAAUGCCUUCCCGCCAAACUUCAUUCACUCUCUGGACUCUACACACAUGAUGCUGACUGCUCUCCACUGCUAUAGUGCCGGCCUGACGUUCAUCUCAGUUCACGACUGCUUUUGGACCCACGCCCUCACUGUGGACACCAUGAACAAGGUCUGUCGGGAACAGUUUGUCGCCCUGCACAGCCAGCCAAUCCUUCAGGAGCUGUCCAACUUCCUGCUGCAGAAAUACUGCACCGGGCUCCCGACCGGGGCCAAGAACAAGAAGUACCAGGAGUACAGGAGGCUGAUGCUGCUGCUGGCCAAAGUGCCCCAGACAGGUCAGUUUUUAUGCAGCUGUCUGGCCCCCAAACAACUGGCCUCGCUCGGGCUGGGCUAUUGUUUGAGAGGGCCAACAUGCAGCAUGCUGUUUCUUUACUAAUUGGAUAGAAGUGAACUUGUAUGUCCUGAAGCUCUUUCUGAGGUUAGCAGAAAACGACAGGAAUGUUAUUGAAUUGGGCUCUUGUGCAAUCCUUGUAUUUUCUAUCCCGGUUUAUAAUUGCUAAUUGUUGUUGCCUAUUGUUUAUAUAGUUAUCUCAUUGUCUGUAGCUAGUUGUCUUGCUGUCUGUGUUGCCCACACAGGGUAUUUAGCUUGCUCAUUCAAAUAUAAAAAGCCACUGAGUUUUGGUAAAAAAAAACAAUUUUCAGCUUCUGUCAGGGGUGUAUUCAUGUCUGCCAUGUUUGGCCACUAGCAGAUCCAGAUUAGCCUCUUUGGACGCCACUGCGAGUGUCUGUCUAUUGUUGUCCAGAGUGGAGGUAGAGAGGCAGCAUUUCUCUCUGUCAGUCAGCUGGAUGGAGGCUUUGCUGUUACGUAACCCCUCGCUCAAUCUCCAUCUGUACACUUACUGUCUGCUUGGCACCGACAGCUGGGUUGUAUAAAUUGAUUACUGUUAAUUGUGUCCCUCCUCUGCAUAAUCAGCUUAUACGGCUGAGACCAGUCAGGUGGGCUCCUGUGGGCUGCCUGUGUGUCCUUGUGUUUACCGGUGCUCACUGUUCAGUAUGACUCUCCAUAGACUAAAAUCGACUAUAAUCUUCGCUAUGAAGGAUCCUGAAGUUGUUAUAAAGUGAAUCGGGUUUCACUGUGUUUAAUCCAGCAGGAGUUCAGAUGAAUCAGGUGCAUCUACGACCACAGUGAGGGAGAACAAGGUCUGGAGAGCUCACUGAAUAACUUAAAGCCAUUACUGUGUUUCAACAGCGAGGGUCUGACUUUAAUGACGAUAAGGAAGUUAGAGUAGUGCAAGCUGUAAGUUCAUGUCUUUUCUCUUUUGAAUACCAACAUUUUUACUUUGGCAUUUUUUUAUAUGAAGAAGGUAAGGUAAGAAAAACUACUCUUUAUCACACAAUGCAGUACAGUAUGUCAUCAUGGUCUGUAUGUGUGAUACCAUGAUUACAUAAUAUUCUUACACAAAACACAGUAACUUCAUAAAAAUACAAGAUAGAAAGUACAACCUCAUACUGUUUGGAUUAGAUUAAAGUUUGGAGCUCCUGGCUGUAUAUUAAUAAGCAUAUUAACAGAUUUGACAAGUAACCUAAAUAUUACUGUUGGUUACUCAGUAUAUUACUUUAAGCUUUCAUAUCGACAUAAUGUUCUUCUUAAAGUGUUCAUGGCCUUUCCUCAAUAAUUCAGGCUUCAGCUUCUGCUGCUGUCGUCUGCUGUCACAGAGGCAAAGAGGACAGGGCCUCAUCCCAGAGCCAAGAUUAAUAUUAAAGUUCAAGAGUCUUUUCCCUGGACUAUAUCUCAGAACAAACUACAUCCUACAAACAUCCUGCAGUUCUUAGCAGUUUCCUUAAUUGAAUCAUUAACCACAUUGAAGAAUGAACAAAUAGAAGAUUAAUCAAAUUGUCAAAAAUGCAUUUUGUAUCAGAUUAAAUCAAUAUGAGAUGUAUCAUUUCAUUUUCAAGAGUUCACAUGAAUUGAAACCUUACAAAAGUGCAUCUUCUUUCUCAGUGACAGUGUUGAUGGUCAUGGUCUGUCGGUCUUCCUCUAGUUCCAACAUCACUUCAAACUUUUUAAUGUAUUGACUCUUUUACUUUCUGUAACUACUGUCCACAAACUUAAACCUGCUCUGACACCUCGCCUCUUGCCUCUCUAGGUGAUUUUGAUCUCCAGCGGGUGAAAGAGUCCACUUAUUUCUUCAGCUGAGAGACUCAUGAGGUCCGAGUCAGCGGAGGGAGAUGAGUGGAAUUGACAGAGUCCAGCCGGGAGGGAUGCUACAUGCCCCCGGGUCUCGGCUGGCUUUCUCUCCCUCAGACAUCAGGACAUUGAUCCGGCCGCGCCCUGCCCGCCUCCUGGUCCGCAGGCUGGCUGGAGCUGCUGGAGAGUGCUAACACACUGUGAACUCACCUGAUUAACUGACUAGUGGGCUGAGGGAAGGGAGGACGGGAAGACGGGAUACUCAUCCAGGCGAAAUGAUGAGGGAAUCAGCACCGGAUGGGAAUGUUAAGACUUCAAUCAGUGAAAAGCACCUCUUAUAAUGACCAUAUUCAGGUGUGUGUGUGUGUGUGUGUGUGUGUGUGUGCGUGUGUGUGUGCGUGUGCGCGUGCGUGUGCGCGCGCAUGAGGCAUACGGACUCCAUCACUCAGCACUUCUGCUGCUCAAUAACCUUUUUCACCUACGAGCUGUAAUUGCGUGUGUGUGUGCGUGUGUGUGUGUGUGUGUGUGUGUGUGUGUGUGUGUGUGUGUGUGUGCAUUUUCAUGCUGCGAAGACCUACCUCUGCGACUAUCCCACCCGAUCAUCGAGUCCAUCACUUACUGGAUGACAGGAUGCUCUCUGACACAAUAUUUAAGCAUUGUCUGGAGAAGAGACGGUUGAGAGGAAAUGAGACACACACUGACAUCGUGGGAUACAGGACUCUCAGAGGAAUGGGAGAUCUCAGCCUGCAUUGUGUCCCGUUGCACUCUUGAUUCUCACCUUCUCAGAGUGACUGACAAUUGCCCUAAAAUAAAAGUAUCUUAAAAUGU